AUGGGAAGCGCCCGGCUUGUAGAGCCGGUCCCCUGCAGAGCGGGCCGGGCUGCGCUCGGCGCCCCAUCUGCCGGGCUGCAGCCUCCCCUUCCCGCCGGUAGCGGAGCAAUUGGGUUUGUGACGGCGGCUUCACCUCCCCGCUUCUCUCUCUCUGUGUUUGCCCCCAGGCUCCCCGGAGGAGGCGCCCGCAGGAUGCCCGGGAAGUGCUGGCGGGUUCUGGUCACGCUGGUGUCGCUGUGGUGCCUGGCGGGCGGCGCGCGCGGCGGCUACGGCAUGAGCAUGUUCGCGGUGCAGACGGCGCAGCCGGACCCGUGCUACGACGAGAACGGCCACCCGCGGCGGUGCAUCCCGGACUUCGUCAACUCCGCCUUCGGUAAGGAGGUGAAGGUGUCCAGCACCUGCGGCAGGCCGCCGGCCCGCUACUGCGUGGUGAGCGAGAAGGGCGAGGAGCGCGUGCGGACCUGCCACCUCUGCAACGCCUCGGAACCGCGGCGGGCCCACCCGCCCGCCUUCCUCACCGACCUCAACAACCCGCACAACCUGACGUGCUGGCAGUCGGAGAACUUCGUGCAGCACCCGCACAACGUCACGCUCACCCUCUCGCUGGGCAAGAAGUUCGAGGUGACCUACGUGAGCCUGCAGUUCUGCUCGCCGCGCCCCGAGUCCAUGGCCAUCUACAAGUCCAUGGACUAUGGCCGCAGCUGGGUGCCCUUCCAGUUCUACUCGGCCCAGUGCCGCAAGAUGUACGCCAAGCCCAGCCGCGCCGCCAUCACCAAGCAGAACGAGCAGGAGGCCAUCUGCACCGACUCCCACACCGACAUGCGGCCGCUGGCCGGCGGCCUCAUCGCCUUCAGCACCCUGGACGGCCGCCCCUCGGCCCACGACUUCGACAACUCGCCCGUGCUGCAGGACUGGGUUACGGCCACCGACAUCAAGGUGGCCUUCAGCCGCCUCCACACCUUCGGCGACGAGAACGAGGACGACUCCGAGCUGGCCCGCGACUCCUACUUCUACGCCGUCUCCGACCUGCAGGUGGGCGGCCGCUGCAAGUGCAACGGCCACGCGUCACGCUGCGUCCGCGACCGCGACGACAACCUGGUCUGCGACUGCAAGCACAACACGGCCGGGCCCGAGUGCGACCGCUGCAAGCCCUUCCACUACGACCGGCCCUGGCAGCGGGCUACGGCCCGGGAGGCCAACGAGUGCGUGGCUUGUAACUGCAACCUUCAUGCCCGGAGAUGCCGCUUUAACAUGGAGCUCUACAAGCUUUCAGGCCGCAAGAGUGGAGGGGUCUGCCUUAACUGCCGGCACAACACGGCGGGCCGCCAUUGCCACUACUGCAAAGAGGGCUACUACCGGGACAUGACCAAGCCGAUCACCCACAGGAAAGCAUGCAAAGCAUGCGAUUGCCAUCCCGUGGGUGCAGCUGGCAAAACCUGUAAUCAAACCACAGGUCAAUGUCCCUGUAAAGAUGGUGUGACUGGCAUCACGUGCAAUCGAUGUGCCAAAGGCUACCAGCAAAGCCGAUCUCCCAUUGCCCCUUGCAUAAAGAUUCCUGUUGCUCCACCCACCACUGCGGCCAGCAGCACAGAAGAACCCGCAGAUUGUGACUCAUACUGCAAGGCGUCCAAGGGGAAGCUGAAGAUUAACAUGAAGAAAUACUGCAAGAAAGACUAUGCUGUGCAGAUCCACAUCCUGAAGGCCGACAAAGCUGGUGACUGGUGGAAGUUCACCGUCAACAUCAUCUCUGUGUACAAACAAGGGACCAACCGGAUACGGCGUGGAGACCAGAUCCUGUGGAUCCGCUCCAAGGACAUAGCAUGCAAGUGCCCGAAAAUCAAGCCCAUGAAGAAGUACUUGCUGCUGGGCAAUGACGAAGACUCGCCAGACCAGAACGGGAUCGUAGCGGACAAGAGCAGCUUGGUGAUACAGUGGAGGGACACAUGGGCUCGGAGGCUCAGGAAGUUCCAGCAACGGGAGAAGAAGGGGAAGUGUAAGAAAGCCUAA